AUGAAAUCCAUUUAUAUGAUUGCACUGUUGGUGUCGACCAUUGCAUCGGUUGUCAUCAUUGAGUCGAAAGAUUUCUGUGAAGAAUAUCUGAAAAAUGAUAAUAAAAUUGAUGUAUCAAUAAGUUUGUAUAAAGACUAUGGAUAUGAUGAAGAUAUGAUACUAUUGUUUAUCGGUAAAACCUACUGGAAAUUGUCGGUCAAAGACAAAAACACAAUUAUGAUUGACACCCAAAGUGCCGGUCAGUUUAACUUCUUAUCCGAUGAUAAGUACUCUAUGAUCUGGUCUUUCAAGUUUGAUGUCACCCAUAAUGUCUCAGAUGAACAACAAAUAGAUGAUAAUGAACUCCCUUUUUGUCGUAUGGGUUCUCUAGAGAACAAUAAGAUUGAUUGGAUGAAAAAAUCAUGUAUUACUAACAUAAAUAUUGAUGAUAUCCAUUGGAUCAAUUCAACGACAGUAAAACUUCCAAACAAUGAUAUCUAUAUGUGGACCAGUCCAAUCAAUUGA